UCUUUGGACUGUGAAUUUCUUCUAAAGUGGAAACAAGAAGAGGACUAAUAAAUACUCUGAAUUCUAAAAAAAAAGCCAUGGCCCAUGGGUUGGUGAUGUUCAAAGAUGUGGCUAUAGAUGUCUCUCAAGAGGAAUGGGAAUGCCUGAACCCUGCGCAGCGGAAUUUGUACAAAGAUGUGAUGUUGGAGAACUAUAGCAACCUGGUUUCACUGGGACUUUCUAUUUCUAAGCCAGCUGUGAUCACUUCAUUGGAGCAAGGGAAGGAGCCCUGGAUGGUUAUGAGGGAAGUGACAAGAGAACGGUGCCCAAAUUUGGUGUCCAAGUGUGAGCCCAAGAAGUUAUCUCCAAAAAGAAACAUUUAUGAGACAGAAUCAUCCCAGUGGGCUAUCAUGGACCCAUUUAAAAAUGAUAGUCCUGAGAAAUCCAUUUUCAGAGACAUUCAGGCAUGCAAAAAUCAGUUUGAGAGACAACAGGGAAAACAGGAGGGCUAUUUCAGGCAAUUUGUUAUCAACCAUGAACACAUGCCCAUUUUUAGCCAACAUAUUUUGUUCACUCAGGAAUUUUAUAAUAGACAGAAAAUCUUUGAAUGUAAAGAAUGCAGGAAAAACUUCAGUUACCAUUUAUUCUUUAGUCAUCACAAAGCUCAUUCUAAAGGAAAACUUUCUGACUGUAAGGAAUGUGCAGAAACUGAUGAUACAUCAUCCCUUACUAAACAGAGAAUUCAAAAUAGUAACAAGUACAAUGAUUGUAAGGAAUGUUGGAAGGCCCUUAUUCAUUAUUCACAACUUAAACAACAUUUGAGAAUUCAUAAUGGUGAAAAAUGUAAAGAAUGUGGCAAGAAACCUUAUGAGUGUAAAGAAUGUGGGAAGGCCUUUAAUUAUGGUUCAGAACUUAUUCUACAUCAGAGAAUUCACACUGGUGAGAAACCCUAUGAAUGUAAGGAAUGUGGGAAGGCAUUUAGGCAACGAUCACAGCUUACUCAACAUCAAAGACUUCACACUGGUGAAAAACCCUAUGAAUGUAAGCAAUGUGGGAAGGCUUUUAUUCGAGGCUUUCAACUUACUGAACAUUUGAGACUCCAUACUGGUGAAAAACCCUAUGAGUGUAAAGAAUGUGGGAAGACUUUCAGGCAUCGAUCACACCUUAAAAUACAUCAGAGAAUUCAUACUGGUGAGAAACCCUAUGAAUGUAAAGAAUGUGGAAAGGCCUUUAGCUAUCAUUCAAGCUUCUCUCACCAUCAGAAAAUUCAUUCUGGCAAAAAACCUUAUGAAUGUAGUGAAUGUGGGAAGGCCUUUUGUGACGGCUUACAACUUACUCUACAUCAGAGGAUUCAUACUGGUGAGAAACCCUAUGAAUGUAAAGAAUGUGGAAAGACUUUUAGACAGUGCUCACACCUCAGAAGACAUCAGAGAAUUCACACUGGUGAAAAACCUCAUGAAUGUGUGAUAUGUGGUAAAGCUUUUAGACUUCAUUCACACCUUAUUCAACAUCAGAGAAUUCAUACUGGUGAGAAGCCCUUUGAAUGUAAGGAAUGUGGAAAGGCCUUUAGCUAUCAUUCAAGCUUCUCACACCAUCAGAGAAUUCAUUCUGGGAAGAAACCAUAUGAAUAUGAGAAGGCCAUUAAUCAUGGCUUACAAUUUAACCUACAUCAGACACUUCAUACUGUUGAAACACCAGUAUGA